GCGAGUCCACAUCACAUCAGUGACACUAGAACACCUAAAUUCAGCCUAUAAAGUAGAAGAUGGGGAUGGGCAGGAGCGAGACCCUUAUCUGAAGGAGCAUGGAGUCAUCACAUAUUUGGUUAUCAACCCAAAGGUGGAACGUCGUAGCCCGCAACAUCACUACAGGCCCAGGCACACUGUGGACGGAGCCAAGAUGAGAGCCUCCGUUAGGAUGACCCGCUACCUGGAGUCUUGGGGGGCUGCCAAGCCUUUCGCCAACUUGCACCACAGGGACAGCAUGACCAAUGAGAAUGGCAAGAUCAACACAGCUGAUGUGCCACUGGGACAGUAUCAUUUCCAGAGGAGAUCUGAAAGGACAAAGUCUCAGAAGAAGCGGUUUGAGGAGGAACUUAAUGAGAGGAUGAUCAGGACCUUUGAUGGCAUCAAUUCACAAAAGCAGUGGCUUAAAUCCGAGGACAUCCAAAGAAUAUCUUUGUUCUUUCACAAUAAAUCCCUGGAAAAGGAGUACAGAACAACAAUCUUGCCAGCCUUCAAAUACUACGUCACCUGCGCCUGUCUUAUCUUUUCCUGCAUUUUCAUUGUGCAGAUACUCGUCUUACCAAAGACAGCAGUGUUGGCGAUAUCUUUUGGGAUGGCAUUCUUUCUCCUUUCCAUAAUUGUCUUCAUAUGUUUCAUUGGGCACUUCAUG